UCAGCAAAGCAGAACAUCGGACGGGAGUCGUGACAAGGAGACCUGCAUCUCUCAAAGACAAAGAAACACAAGCUCUCCUAAAACUGUUUGUAGGCCAAUAAUAUAUGUAUUUUUUUUUGUUGCGUCAAUGAAAAUCAACAGGAUUUACCCACCACAAAGCAAAUGUGUUAUUGUCUUUUUUUAUGGGAGUGUAAUGCAGGUUUAGAGAUCAGCUGGAGAAAAAACUCAUGAUGCACAUACCUCGACAGGGCGGACUAAUGUAAUUGCAUUCCACUGGUAUUGCUGUUAGCACAGGGUCGAGAGGACGCGUGAUCCAUGCGGAUCGGUUAGCUGGGCUGGCUACGACGCACAUCCACUCAACAGGAGACUCGGUCUGGCAGCUGUGUCGAUGUCAAAAUGCGUGUAUUUCUGCUUGCGUUUUUCAUCUCCUGCUCCUGUGCGGGUGGUGGAUGUGAACCCAAGAUUGUCAAUAUCGGAGCGGUCCUGAGCCAGAAGAGGUAUGAACAGGUGUUCAAGGACGCCGUCACCCAGGCAAACACGCUGUAUGGGAAAGAUAAGUUCAAGAUGAACGCCAUCUCUGUCACUCAUAAACCCAAUGCAAUUCAGAUGGCUCUCUCCGUCUGCGAGGACCUCAUCUCGAACCAGGUGUAUGCCAUUCUGGUGAGCCACCCGCCUCAAUCGAAUGACCAUCUGACCCCCACACCCGUGUCCUACACCGCAGGGUUCUACCGUAUCCCUGUGGUUGGACUCACCACCCGCAUGUCCAUCUAUUCGGACAAGAGCAUCCACCUGUCUUUCUUGCGUACCGUGCCCCCCUACUCCCACCAAGCCCAGGUGUGGUUCGACAUGAUGAGAGAGUUCCGCUGGAACCACAUCAUUCUGAUAGUGAGUGACGACCACGAGGGCCGCGCUGCCCAGAAGAGGCUGGAGACCCUGUUGGAGGAGAGGGAGACCAAGAAUAAAAACAAGAACUAUGAAAACCUCGACCAACUGUCCUAUGACAACAAGCGAGGACCCAAGGCAGAGAAAGUUCUCCUGUUCAGCCAAGACACCAACCUGACAUCCAUGCUGCUGGAGGCCAAGGACCUGGAGGCUCGCGUCAUCAUCCUCUCUGCCAGCGAGGACGAAGCGGCGUCGGUCUACAAAGCUGCCCGCCAGCUCAACAUGACGGGCUCUGGCUACGUGUGGCUGGUUGGAGAGAGGGAGAUGUCUGGUAAAGCUUUGAGUGAAGCACCAGAUGGCUUGCUCGGCCUUCAGCUCAUCAACGGCAAGAACGAGUCGGCGCAUAUCAACGAUGCCGUGGCUGUGGUGGCACAGUCCAUCCAGGAGCUCUUUGAGAAGGAGAACAUCACAGAACCGCCUCGCGGCUGUGUAGGCAACACAAACAUCUGGAGGACUGGACCGCUCUUCAAACGAGUGCUGAUGUCAUCCAAGUACCCAGAUGGCCUGACAGGACGCAUCGAGUUUAAUGACGAUGGUGACAGGCGGUUUGCUACCUACAGCAUCCUCAACUACCAAAAGACCAGGCUGGUGCAAGUGGGCAUUUUCAACGGCACCCAAGUGGUGAUGAAUCCGCAGAGGAAGAUCAUUUGGCCAGGAGGAGAGACGGAGAAGCCAAGAGGAUACCAGAUGUCUACCAGACUAAAGAUAGUAACCAUUCAUCAGGAGCCAUUUGUCUAUGUCCAACCCACAACAACUGACGGAACUUGCCAAAAAGAGAAAACUGUUAAUGGACUUAAAGAUGUCCAAAAAGUUAUAUGCACUGGCCCCAAUGGAACCAUCCCAGGACAGCCUAUAGUACCCCAAUGCUGCUACGGCUUUUGCAUUGACCUCUUGAUUAAACUAGCGGAUACCAUGAACUUCACCUAUGAGGUUCAUCUGGUGGCUGAUGGGAAGUUUGGUACACAGGAGCGGGUGAACAACAGCAACAAGAAGGAGUGGAACGGCAUGAUGGGAGAACUCCUGGGUGGCCUGGCAGACAUGAUUGUGGCUCCGCUCACGAUCAACAACGAACGCGCCCAGUACAUCGAGUUCUCAAAACCCUUUAAAUACCAGGGGCUUACCAUCCUCGUGAAAAAGGAAAUACCACGCAGUACUUUGGAUUCGUUCAUGCAGCCCUUUCAGAGCACCCUGUGGCUGCUGGUGGGUCUAUCGGUCCAUGUGGUGGCGGUGAUGCUCUACCUAUUAGACCGGUUCAGCCCAUUUGGAAGGUUUAAAGUGAAUAGCGAAGAAGAAGAAGAGGACGCCCUCACCUUAUCCUCCGCCAUGUGGUUCUCUUGGGGGGUCCUUUUGAACUCCGGGAUAGGAGAAGGAGCACCCCGGAGCUUUUCAGCAAGGAUCUUAGGUAUGGUGUGGGCUGGAUUUGCCAUGAUCAUUGUGGCAUCCUACACAGCCAAUCUGGCAGCCUUCCUAGUGUUGGACCGGCCUGAGGAGCGCAUCACCGGCAUCAAUGACCCCAGGCUGCGAAACCCAUCAGACAAGUUCAUCUACGCCACAGUGAAGCAGAGUUCGGUGGACAUCUACUUCCGGCGCCAAGUGGAGUUGAGCACCAUGUACCGCCACAUGGAGAAGCACAACUACGAAAGCGCUGCUGAGGCCAUCCAAGCUGUGCGCGACAACAAACUGCACGCGUUCAUCUGGGACUCUGCCGUCCUGGAGUUUGAAGCAUCACAGAAGUGUGACUUGGUGACAACGGGAGAGCUGUUCUUCCGCUCCGGCUUCGGCAUAGGCAUGCGGAAGGACAGCCCUUGGAAGCAAAACGUUUCCCUGUCCAUUCUUAGCUCUCAUGAGAAUGGGUUCAUGGAGGAACUAGAUAAAACCUGGGUGAGAUACCAGGAGUGUGACUCCAGGAGUAAUGCCCCGGCCACCCUCACUUUUGAGAACAUGGCAGGUGUGUUCAUGUUGGUUGCUGGGGGUAUCGUUGCUGGAAUCUUCCUCAUCUUUAUUGAGAUUGCGUAUAAGCGCCACAAAGAUGCCCGCAGGAAGCAGAUGCAGCUAGCCUUCGCUGCGGUCAACGUGUGGAGGAAGAACCUACAGCCUUAUCCCACGGACAUCACAGGCCAGCUCAACUUGUCAGACCCCUCUGUCAGCACGGUGGUGUGAGAGAUUGAGAGAGAGAAAUGAGAGGACUGAAAUGAGAGAGAGGAUCCUGGUUUGGAGACAGAAGCUGGUCCAUUGCUGCUACGCCACCUGAGCCAUUGCCCAUCCUGUUCUCUAUCUACCCACAUAGAACAUGUGUUCUGCUCAUUCCCCACCAAACACAACAGGCAGGAACUGGAUAGCUGACAUCCCACUGACAAACUGUGCCAAUUCACAAUUGAGCCAAACCACCUGUUUUUUCCCACACAGAGGCCUGACCCAGCACAAUGAUAGCUUUAGGUUUAUUUUUAUAAUCUGCCUGCUAGAGUCAUGUAGUUGUGUACUUUACAUGUGAAACAACAAGAAAUAUAUACAUUUUCUGAUCAUGUCAUUCGCAAUACAUCGUCAUGCACUGUGUUUCUGAUUUCAAUAAGCGAUAGAUUUCAUAGAUCAUGUUUAAGAGUAUUUUGUGAUGUCAAUGUUUUACUACCUCCACUUAUUUAGACGAACCUUAGACAUGUAGGAUACUGUAGUUAGCUAUUUGACAUUGUAAGGUUUUCCUGUGUUACAUUUAUCGACAGGUUUUUGUUAGCAUUAGCUAAUGCGGUGUAGUGUGGGGCAUUAACAAUGGACAAGUUGUCAAUUUAUAAAUUAGCAGCAUACAGCUAUGCUAAUAUCUAAGUGUAAAUCCGAGUUAAGCACACUUUGUCCAUUGUAGCACUCAUAUCAGCUGCAAUCCCUUUCUUUAGCUAUAGAUGUCUUAGCCCCUUUUAUGUGUUAAUUUACUUCAUUCUCUCAGUGGUAGUACAGCAUUGAUUGCGUGGCAGACUAUUCUCAGCAUUCAACCAUACUAAUGUUUCUGAGCCAAACGUCUUUGGCAUGACAUCGGUGAAGGAGUUGCCAUCAACAGAAAUAGACUGGUAACCACUAGUGCUGUAGGCUAUGUUGUUGUUCAUUCAAGAAAAUUGCUCUCUACAAUUGUUGAUUUGACAGUGUUACAUGGUCAUUAAUGCAAAUCAAUUUAUCAGUCAACAUCAAGUCUCUAUAUAGCCUAUAUAGUGCCUUCAGAAAGUAUUCAUACCCCUUAUUCCAAAUGUUGUCUUGUUACAGCCUGAAUUCAAAAUUGAUUAAAAAAACAUUUCUCACCCCUCUACACACAAUACCCCAUAAUGACAAAGUGAAACAUGUUUUUAGACAUUUUUGCAAAUGCAUUGUAAAUGAAAUACAAACAUAUCUAAUUUCCAUAAGUAUUCACACCCGUGAGUCAAUACUUUGUUAAAGCACCUUUGGCAGCGAUUACAGCUAGGAGUCUUUCUGGGUAAGUCUCUAAGAGCAUUCCACACCUGGAUUGUGCAACAUUUGCACAUUACUCUUUUCAUCCUCACUUUUCUCCUAUCAUAGCCAUUAAACUCUGUAACUGUUUUAAAGUCACCAUUGGCCUCGUGGGGAAAUCCCUGAGUUGUUUCCCUCCUCUCUGGCAACUGAGUUUGGAAGGACGCCUGUACCUUUGUAGUGACUGGGUGUAUUGAUACACUAUCCAAAGUGUAAUUAAUAACUUCAUGCUCAAAUGGAUAUUCUAUGUCUGCUUAAAAAAAAACAUCUACCAAUUGGUGCCCUUCUUUGUGGGGCAUUAGAAAACCUCCCUGGUCUUUGUGGUUGAAUCUGUGUUUGAAAUUCACUGCUCGACUGAGGUACCUUACCGAUAAUUGUAUGUGUGGGGUACAGAGAUUAGGUAGUCAUUCAAAAAUAAUCUUAAGCACUAUUAUUGCACACAGUUCAUGCAACUUAUGUGACUUGUUAAGCACAUUUUUGCUCCUGAACUUAUUUAGGUUUGCUAUAACAAAUGGGUUGAAUACUUAUUGACUCAAGAAAUGUCAGUUUAUCAUUUUUCUUUAAUUUGUCAAAUAAAAUUAAAAACAUAAUUCCGCUUUGACAUUAUGGGAUAUUGUGUAGUCCAGUGACACAACAUCUCAAUGUAAUCAAUUUUAUAUUCAGGUUGUAACACAACAACGUGGAAAAAGUCAAGUGGUGUGAAAACUUUCUGAAGACACUGUAUUCUCUCUACAUAGUCUCUUUUAUAUCAUGACAUUAUUGAGGAUAUUGUGACGUGUACAUGAUUUCUGGAUGUUUUGAGCCUAAACUGCACUGACAGUGAUUGUCUCUCUUUGGCUCAAAAUAUCCUGUAAUGAUUUAUAUAUUAUUGUGGUGUGUAUAUUAUGUAUAUGUGUAUAUAAAUAUAUAUAUAUAUAUAUAAUCAUGUUCUGUCAACCUUAGGGGUGUUCUGGUAAUCGGCUAAGAUGGCUGUUGUAGCUGUGUGGUUAACCCUAUAAAUUAAUGACUUAUACUACUUUGUAUUUCUAAUAUAAUAAUAUAUUUCACUAUGUCACUGUAUUUUUGCUUUAUAUGUGAGAUUAGAUUAAUAAAAUCCCUCACUCUUACCCUUUCCCAUUUUCCAGACUGCAUUUACACCGACAUUUAGUCUGUCAAUAGCAAAUUGAUUAAUUGCAUAAAUGAUAUAUUGUAAAAAAGUUUGUUUCCUGCAAAAACCUGUCAGAGAUCCUUCGGUGUAGCUCAAGUGUAUCCUGGCAUGUUCCUGACUCAAGAUCUGAAACACUGUUUAGCACUUUUGUCUUAAAGAUCCAAUGCAGCCGUUUUUAUCUCAAUAUCAAAUAAUUUCUGGGUAACAAUUAAGUACCUUACAAUACUGUGAAUGUUUUCAUUAAAAAUUGUCAAAAAAACACAAAAAUAGCUUCUUAGAGCAAUUUCUCAAGCAAGAAUUUAGCUAGGACAGUCUGGGAGUGGUCUGAGUGGGGAGCGGAAAACUGGAACUCUCUUUCUUAUUGGUCUAUUAACUAAUUUACCGCCUGGUGAUGUCCCCAGGUAGGCCAAAACUCCAUCCAUCCCACCAAAACAGGCUGAAAUUUCAGGCGGUCUUUUCAAACAGCUCUUACACUAAAAGGACAUUAUCUUACUUUUCACAAUUUCACAGUGUUAUUCCAACCACAUGGUGUGGAUAUAUAUAUAUAAAACAAAGAGAAAAAUCACGUUUUUGACUGCACUGGGCCUUUAAACAAUCAACAUGAGGGCUUUGCUCAUAAUUGUGAGAAAUUAAGAAUGUGAAAUAUAUACCUGUAACUGUUACUAUACCUGUAUUUUAUGGGCCGAAAAUAUGUUUUUUGUGCAAUAGGCUCGUUUUAAAUGUUGAUGGUUUUAGAGAGAGACAUGAAUUGAUCUGUCUGGAAUCAUUUUUUAUUAUUUUUAUUAUGGUUUCACUAUUGACGGGCUCAAUUUUGUAUAGGUGUUCCAUUUAUCAUUCAAGUGAAAUAAUGUGGGAAAUUUAUUAAUUAUUACUUAUAACAAUGUAGCCAUCAACCAGAGAUCGGAAGUUUAGCUAUGGUUGUGUCAAUGUUCUCAUGGAUACUGAAAAUAUACCUAAAUGAUUAUGUAAGUAUAAAAAUUAUUAAUGAAGUUUAAAUUGAGGUAGAAAUAUUUGAUAAUCUAAUUUCUCAAUACAGAGUGUUUAUUCGGAAUUGUAACUCGAAAGAGUUGGGUUUAUUUAGGCUGUGAAAAUGUCUGUUCUGUUAGCCAAGAAAGUUCAGUAGUUGCAAUGCUUGGGAAAACAGAUUACAUUGGAUUGUGUGAUAGAAUUACAGACUGUGAGUAAAGUGUUCAAUUGUCAUUUCAGGUGACUCAAAACAUAUUCAACAACACAGUUCCAUAUUAUUUUAAUGUAAAAUUACAAUUUUGCAGGGCUUUAAGAUAUAGUAAGUUACUAUAACUUAACUAUCAAUCACUACCAAAUGUGCUUUGAAUAUCAUUCCUAUAUUGUGUGAAUAAUGACUAUACAUUAUAAUAUAUGUUUGUAAUAGAAAUCAGUUGUACUAAUAAAAUGUCUGAUAUAUUAAAUGCUAUUUGGACACACUUUAAUUUAUUAAACUUUUGAUGAGUAGCCUAAACAAUAAAGGUAGCAUAUAGCCCACUAGAUCUACAUGUAGGCCUAUGGAAGACAUUUUCCAGGAAAGGAACUAGUAAACUAAGGACACACUGCUAUUGAGUAGGUAUUGAUGCAAUGCUAACAUAGCCUUUCUAUUUUAUUAUAUUGAUGCAAUGAUAAGGUAUAGGCUAUAACUAUUAAACUCACUCAAUUCAUUGUUAUUUGAACAAAGAUGCUCCCAAGGAUGGAGGAGGUCCAGUUUUUAAAACCGGAUUUAUUCUCCUCAACGGCUUUUUGACCUGAAGUACCAUUUAGGUCUCCACAUGAGCUGACA